CUUCCGCUUCCGGUCGCCGCGGCGGCGACGGAGCGAUGGCGGCCGGCGGCUGCGAUCCGCGGACGGGCGACGUGGAAGAGGACGCCUCGCAGCUCAUCUUCCCCAAAGGAGAGAGGGAAUGAGAAUGCACGGGCGCACCAAGACCUCUUGCUCCUGCUUUGCGCAUCUGGUUUUAUGUGGUUAAUGGGGAAACACUUUCAGACCAGCACCUUUAAUAAGGGCCUCAGGCCACUGCAAACGAACUCCAGAUGAAUUGGCCACCUUGUGCAUCUAAUUUACCCUUGGGGCUUGUGGAAUCGAACCUGGGUCCUUAGGCUUUGCAGAGUUUGAAACAGCCGAGACCCUUCUGAACUCCGAAGUUCACAUGCUUCUGGAGCAUCGGAAGCAGCAGAAUGAGAGUGCAGAGGACGAGCAGGAGCUCUCUGAGGUCUUCAUGAAAACCUUAAACUACACUGCCCGUUUCAGCCGCUUCAAAAACAGAGAGACCAUUGCCAGCGUCCGUAGCUUGCUUCUUCAGAAAAAGCUACAUAAGUUUGAGUUGGCUUGUUUGGCCAAUCUUUGCCCAGAGACUGCUGAGGAGUCCAAGGCUCUGAUCCCAAGUGCUGGGAUCGCAGGUGUGCCCACCGUACCCCGCAUCACCUGGACUUGGCUGCCAUUAACUGUGCCAGUGGUGGGAGUUCUAACCGCAGAUGGAGGCACCUCUGCCCAGCUUCAGACCAGCAACCCUUGUUCUUGGCCGCGGAUGAACUACUCAAGGUGCAGCCUGUUCCAGACAGACAAGAAGGCACUGGUCCCAGAGACAGGACUGCAGCAACGCUACCCUUGCUUCCCAGGGCUUCCGCCUCCCACCGUGCUGUCCUCUCCCUGGAGACAUCAGCCGCUGUGAGAACACACCGACCUCUGCCGCCCGUCAGUGUUUGGCAGGACCGGCCACCGUGUGUCAGGCAUUGCUGUCAGAGCUGGGGUUGGUUACACCAGAGACCACUCUGGGCAAGGAGGCAAGAAUACCAGCAAACAGGCAAAUGCCUUAAUAAGGUCAUUUUGACAGUAAUAUGUGCUAUAAGGAGGACUGGAGAGAUGGCUCAGUGAUUAAGGCACUUGCCUGAGGAACCUACGGACUCAAGCUGGACUCCCUAGUGCCCAUGUAAGCCAGAUGCACAAGGUGGCACAUGCAUAUGGAAUUUGUUUGCAGCGGCUGGAGGUGCUGGCGCACCCAUUCUCUCUCUA